AUGAAGAAGAAGGGAAGUAACUCAGGAGCAUAUGCUAAUCAUGUCAAUACCAAUUACAGUCCUACUAUGCAAAAUGCUCAUAAGCAGAUGCAAUUUGGAGGUCUACAGGGUGGGACUGCUACUACACCUGGUUUCCAACCUCAACAAAUACAGAUGAAUGCUGCACCAACUGGAGUCCAUACUCAGCAACAACCAGCUCCUUACUUUACACAGGAGCAAUAUCAGCAGAUAGUGCAGCUACUUAACAAGGGAGCAGAUGAAGGCCCCUCUGCCAGAGCUGCAACUGCAGGUAAACUAAUAGCUCUGUUAUCCAAUCAUGUUAAUCCCAAUUGCAUAAUAGACUCUGGAGCUUCAAAUCAUAUGACAUCCACACUAGAAAUGCUAAGUCCCUGUCAGUCAAUUUCCUCUCAAAAGGGAAGUAAAGUUCACUUGCCAACAGGGGAUGUUGCCUCUAUUACACACAUAGGAAAAGCAAGUGUGCUUAACAAUCAGGAUAUCAACAAUGUAUUGUACAUCCCAGAGUUUAAGUACAAUCUACUGUUAGUAUCUAAACCGACCAAAGAGCUACAGUGUCUUGUGGCAUUUUUUCCUGACUUCUGUAUCUUCCAGGAUCUCUACAAUGGUCAGGUGAAGGGGAUUGGUAAGGAGGACAAGGGACUGUACCUAUUACAAGGCAAGUCAUUAGUAGGUGGUAUAUUCAGUCAUGAUCCAACUCAACCAAGGAAUAAAACUGUGCAGCAAGUAUCUGAGGUGAACUUUGUAUAUAAGUCUACUAUGCCUGAGAAUAAGUCUGCUUGUAUGUCUGCUUGUAUGACUAGUGAACACUCAGAAUCUAGUGCACUGUGGCAUAGAAGAUUAGGCCAUGCACCUAUAGAUGUAAUCAAGAAGCAUACAACUCUAAGUAGUUUGAAGGAUUAUCACACACACUGCACUGUAUGCCCUUUAGCCAAGCAGACAAAGUUACCUUACAAGCUAAGUACAACUACUUCUAAUGCUAUUUUUGAACUAAUUCAUUGUGAUGUAUGGGGGCCAUACAGAGUACCUACAUAUGACAGUAAAAGUACCUGUACCUAUACACCUCAGCAAAAUGGAGUUGCUGAGAGGAGGCACGGGACUAUCUUAGAAAUGGCCAGAGCUUUGAGGUUUCAAGCUGCUGUGCCUUUGAAAUUCUGGGGAGAUUGUGCAUCUACAGCUGUUUACUUGCUCAACAGACUUCCUUCAAGGGUCAUUGGUGGCAAGUCACCCUUUGAGAUGCUUUAUUUGCAUGCUCCCAACCUCACUCAUCUCAGAGUAUUUGGCUGUUUGUGCUAUGUAACUUCACCCAAGGAGCUGGACAAAUUUGCUUCCAGAGCAGUACCUGGUGCAUUUCUAGGCUAUUCCUCAACUCAGAAGGGAUAUAAGGUCUAUGAUCUUCACUCAAGAACCUUCCUUGUCAGCAGAAAUAUGGUGUUUUAA